CUGGCCUAAGCACUUUGAUUUCCCAAUGUAAAGCAAAUGGAUCAAGGUUUUGGGGAAAGCAACGUAUUAUAUAUUGAGAGAUUAUUUUGGUAACUAAAACCUCCAGUCAACUUCUCAAGUUUCAGGCAACUGCGUUAAGAUGGCGAAUAUUGUUUUUGUUUUAGCAGUUGUCUUCCUUCUCAUGAUUUCUCUUGCUACAAGAUCUUACCUACUGACUCUUCUUGGGUUGCCACUUUACCUUGUGGUGGGAUUUGUGGUAUCAUCACUUGUCACUUAUGUCAGAGAACUGAUAUCAGAUGCCAAUCGACCACCUGUGGCCGGACCUAUGUUGAAUCAACUCAUACACUUCAACAGACUUUUUGAUUACCAAGUUACACUUGCCCGGAGGUACCAUACUUACCGUUUGAUCACGGAGUCACACAGCGAAGUGUACACUACGGAUCCAUUAAAUGUCGAAUACAUCCUGAAGGCCAAUUUUCCCAAUUAUGGCAAGGGAGAGAAAAACUGUGAUUUAAUGAAAGAUCUCUUCGGUGAUGGGAUUUUUGCUGUGGAUGGAACGAAAUGGCGCCACCAACGAAAGCUGGCCAGUUAUGAGUUCUCGGCCAAAGUCUUGAGAGACUUUAGCAGCAGCGUGUUUCGAUCUAAUGCUGCUAAGUUAGCUUUAAAGGUUAAUUCAGAAGCAUUGGCUGGUCGAGAGGUGGAUUUACAGGAUAUGCUAAUGAAGUCUGCAAUGGAUACAAUGUUUAAGGUGGGGUUUGGGGUUGACCUUGAUACUCUGUCUGGUUCUGAUGAAACUAGUAAUCAGUUUAUCAAAGCCUUCGAUGAUUCCAAUGUCAUUGUAUAUUGGAGAUAUGUUGAUGUGUUCUGGAAAGUUAAAAGGUUUUUCAACAUUGGCCUGGAACGAAAUCUGAAGGACAACAUCAAAGUUAUUGAUAAUUUUGUUUAUAUGUUGAUCCACCACAAAAGGGAGCAGAUGAGAAAUGAACAGGGUACAACAAAAGAAGACAUACUGUCCAGGUUUCUGAUCGAAAGUGAGAAGGAUAAAGAGAACAUGACUGAUAAGUAUUUGAGGGACAUAAUUCUCAAUUUUCUCAUUGCUGGCAAGGACACAUCUGCCAACACUCUUGCUUGGUUCUUUUAUAUGCUAUGCAGACAUCCUCUUAUUCAAGAAAAGGUGGUGAGGGAAGUGAAAUUAGCUACUGAAGUGAAAGAUCAAAUAUCUGUUGAUGAAUUUGUUGUCAAGUUGACUGAGGCUGCUUUGGACAGGAUGCAGUAUCUGCAUGCAACUCUGACGGAGACUCUCAGACUAUAUCCUCCUGUUCCUCUGGAUGGCAAGUGUUCAAACGCAGACGACAUUCUUCCAGACGGCCACAAAAUAAAAAAAGGUGACGGCAUAACCUACAUGCCCUAUGCAAUGGGAAGGAUGACAUAUAUUUGGGGAGAUGAUGCUGAGGUUUUUUGCCCUGAAAGAUGGCUCGGAAAUGGUGCUUUCCAAGCUGAAAGCCCUUUUAAAUUUACUGCCUUUCAGGCUGGGCCUCGAAUCUGCUUAGGGAAGGAGUUUGCAUAUACACAAAUGAAGAUCAUGGCAGCCACUCUUCUCUUCUUUUUCAGAUUCAAACUUGUCGAUGAGGCUAAGGAAGCGACUUAUCGAACCAUGUUCACUCUUCACAUGGACAAUGGACUGCAUCUGUACGCGUAUCCUCGCCAUAACUAAAACUCUAUAGCUUUUGGUACUAUAUAUAUAUAUAUAUAUAUAUAUAUAUUAUGAGGUGGGGAUGAUCAGUUUCACUUCGCUCGGUCAUGGAUUAAUGGCUGACAGUUCAGGUUGGUGGGCCAUGUCGGAUAUUCCAAGACUCGAAUAUCAGAUGUGUCGACCAAGAAAAAGAUGUAGAUUUUUGUUUUUGUUUGGACAUGUUUCUUCUCCUCGGGCAUUUUCAUGUAUCCUGGUAAUAAGUUAUAUUCUUUCCUUAGUGACCUGAUACUAAUAUAAAGUGUAUCAAUUGCGCCAUUCUUGGAUCUGCCCAAUUAACAGGUUCAUACAUGUACGGAUUUCAUGUCUUAAGUUUGGUAACUAAAGAUUAAGAAGUAGCAAGGUACAA